AUGAGUUACAAGGUCACUUCUUCAGGUAUGGCAUAGAGAAAUGCAGAUAAAAAACUCUCCACUGCAACAAUGAGUUAAGUUUAAACACAAGCUCUCUAAAAUUCAUCAGCUGUUUUAAGCAAAAAAUCAAUUCCAGAAUAAUAAUCACCCUUAAAAGUUUAGGCAUAAUCUUAAGAAAAUUUUUAAUAGAUUAUUACAAAUGAAGUAUUAGAAAAAAUAUAAGGAGAAUUAAGUAAAAUCAAUAAAUUAGAAGAUUUAUACAAUUCAUUAAAGUAAGAGAAUUAAGAAAUAAAACUCUAAAUAAAGUAAUAAGAGUAGAGAAUAUAAGAAUAAGAUAUCAAGAUUCAGGAGUAAUAAAAGAAAAUACAAACUUAAGAAGAAAAAAUACAAACCUAAGCAGAGAAGAUACAAACCUAAGCAGAGAAGAUACAAACUUAAGAAGAGAAAAUACAAAUUUAAGAGGAGAAAACACAAAGCCAAGCAUAAAAUUAAUAAAAUUCUGGAAUUUUAGAACAUAUAAAUACAUUUAUUUCCAAUAAUAAUCAUGCUCAUGAUAUUUGGAAAAAGGCAUAAGAGAAUAUAUAAAAAAAGUAAGAAUAUCUAGAAAAUGAGACUAAAUAAAUUGAAGGAAAAGUAACAGAAUAUUUAAACAACUUGUCUUAAGCAGUGAAUGAGCAUUUCAACAAUAUCUCUAAAUAAGUAAAAGAUGAGCUUAGAGUCUAUUAAGAAUAAGUAGGUUAGACGCGAUAGUAGGCAAAUUUAAACCUAAACAAUUUAUCUUAGCAUGAAAAUACAUUAAAUUAAUUCUGUUAAAAAAUUCAGAAUUAUUUUGGAAAUUAGGGUCCUCAGAUGUAAAACUAUAUAGAGAAUAAAUAUUAAUCAUUCGACUAAUAAUAAUAUUAACAAGUGGAUUAAUAAAUGUAUUAAUAUUCAUAAUAUAAUUAAUAAUAAUAGGAUUAAUAAUAAUAUCAAUAAUAUUCAUAAUCAUAAUCAUAAUACCAACCACAAAUGGAUUAAUUACCAUUAUCACAGUAGGGAAGCUUUAUUAAUCCUCCAUAAUAAUAAUAAUAUAACUAUAAUGCGCCUUUAUAAAAUGAUAUGAAUGCUUAAAUUCCACCGACACAAAAUCAUUAGGAACCACAAAGCAAUGCGCAAGGAAAAUCAAAAAUUAGAUUGAUAUCUUAAUCUUUGCCACAAUAAUAAUGAUUCAUUAUUUUUGAGAUAUCAUAUUAUUAUUACAAUUUGAAUUUAUACAA